AUGAAGGAGGACGGCUGCGACGAGGUCGUGCUGGAAACCGAGGUCACGAACAAGGGCUCGCUCGCCCUCUACGAGAGGCUCGGCUUCAUCAAGGACAAGCGACUCUGCCGGUACUACCUCAACGGCGUUGACGCCUUCAGACUGAAGAUCUUCUUCUUGAAGGAUCCUGUCCAGCCCUCUGAGUAG